CUCGGAGCGAACGCACGUGACGCGGAGUGCAUGUGCUGUGACACGGAGGACUGUGAAGUGGAGACCCGCACAGGAACCGCUGGGCCCCUCGGCCCCGGCGGGAUGGAAUCCCCGCAAAUGUACGACCAGGCCGCGGCGCCGCAGCCGCCGCCGCAACCAGACCUCAAGAAGGCCAACGAGGACAAACGGAAUGCCUUCCCCCCGCCCGACCUGGACGAGCUCAAUGGCCAGGAGAUCAGCCUGGACCUGCAGCACCUCAUCGAGGACCAGUUCCGGGGGGAGGAGACUAUGGCCCUGUUCCAGGAGAUACUGCCCGGGGCGAGAUCCCCGCAGCAGAGAUCGUUCCCGCGGACUCUGGCCUACAUGCCGCAGCCCGUGCACUCGGGGGCCUCGUACGUAGCGCCCGUCCCCAACAACAACCACGAGCAGGCGCCGCCAAUAAAAGAGGAGCCCCCGGAGCCCCACGACUUCAGGAGAUCUGUUUCGUGUGCUCAGUAUACGGGUCAAUACAACCCCCAGCCUCCCGUGGGUGUGAGUGGUCCUUACGGUGGAGGAUUCACGCCACUGCCUCCCCUGGGAGCACCCCUGCUGCCUCCCAUGUUGAAACACAAGCCCGCCCCGGCCAGAAGGUCGUCAGGCAAGGUUCUGGACAAAGGUACCGACGAGUACAGGAGGCGAAGGGAACGAAACAACAUCGCAGUACGGAAGUCACGCGAAAAGGCAAAGGUCAGGUCCCGGGAGGUGGAGGAAAAGGUGAAGACGCUGCUGAGAGAGAAAGAGGCUCUGCUGAAAAGGCUGGAGGCCGUGACGGGCGAGCUCAGCCUCCACAAACAGAUGUACGUCCACCUCAUAAACCUGAACCACCCUGAGAUCACGGAGUUGUGCCGGUCGAUGCUGCAGCUGGGUGCUCCCCAUGGAAACGACCACACGCUCUGACCGUAGACGUAUCCAUUGAAGGGACCGUGAUAAGUGCAUUACAUAGACGAUAGUGUCUGUUUGUCUGUAAGGUAACCGUGCAGAGGAAUAAUUGUGAUUUUUACACUUUAAUAUUAUAUUAUAGUAUAAUGGGAACAGAUUACAAAAUGGCCGCUAGGAAGUGAUCUCAAUUGUCUGCGGCCAAUAUUUUUUUAUCUGUGUAGUCAUAAUUUUUCCUAUAGUUUUUUCUUUAUCUUUCUUUUUAUUAUUGAACGGAGUUAUUAGUAUGUUGUAUUCCUGCUGAGGCACUACGCCCUACCCUCACUGCCAGAGACGAUUUAAUUUGUUUCUUAUUGUUUUAAACACGAAAACCAUAUGUAGAUGUCGCUAGAUCGCUCGUUUAACACAUUCACAAAAUUCAUUUCGCUCUAUACUUAAUCUUGUUAAUGUAAUAUAUAGGAAUAAUUGUAAUUAUUAUGUAAAUCGGUUGUAUAUAAUAAUUUUUUUUGUUUUUUUUUUUUUGGGAAACCUAUUUUCUGUCUUACAUCUUCCGCUACAUCAAACGAGUGACUUAAAUUAUUUAUGCUGUACAUUAUCACACUAGAUGGAGACGUUAUUAUAUAUGAUAUAUAUAUGAAUGUUUGUAAAUAAUAGAUGUAAUGGAUAACUCUGUAAGGUAUAUUGUUGAUGUGUAAAAUGUUUAUUCCUAUUAUGUACCUUGUUGUUAUAAAUAUAAGGAGUAAUCUUUUGAGUACAAUGGUACCUUAAGCGGGUCACAGGCCACGAUACGGUAGGCUGUACGCCUUGUGGCUCUGUGGCUAGUUAAUCUAUGGGGUUGGAGUCAAACGGGUCUCGAAACAUAGUUACCACGGAUCAUGCAAUAGAUUCUACAAGCCAAUGAAAUUUGAUAAGUUUUUUUUUUAUUAUUUUAUAUAUUCUUGUUUAAUUUAUUCCACCAUCCCUCUGAGCGUUCAUUGGUCUGUAGACGUUAAUUUAGGUGAAACUGUUAUUCCGUCCCGUUUUAUAAUUAAGUUUUUAAGUCUAUAUAUUUUAUAUUUUAAUGUAAUUUUAUAAAAAAAAUUUAAGUACGUCGGUCUGCACAGACUGUAGACGAGAUCAAAGAUAUUAGAGGCUCGAUCGUGCAUUUUGAAAUUAUACUUAGAUUAUCUCGUCUGAAGUCUGCGUCGACCCAAAGCCGAGGCCAAGAAACCUAGUUUCAAAUCUUUUUUUCUUAUUUAAUUUUUAUUGAAUUGUUGAUUUUUGUUUUAUUUUUUAUUUUUUUUUUUCAAAAUGGUGCUAAACUUCAUUCUUCGUAGAACCAAAGACUUUGUUAUUGUUUCUGACUUGUUUUUUUUUUGUUUCCAUGUAACGCUAUUCUUUCCUAGAGGUGGCCUUUUUGACAAAACUGUAAUAUAGGUGCAAGUAAUAUAAUAAAUACUUAUUUAAUAUAAAACCUUUUUUCAUUAC